UCAACUGGCAGUUAGGCACAUUAAAAAAGUUAAAAGGUUGAUGGAGGAGUGUCUUUUUUUCAACUUCACUUCCUAUGUUACACAAUGUGUUAGUAUGUACACAAGCCCCUUUUCGCUGCUGUUUAAUGUGCGUGUGUUUAGGGUAGUGACAGGGAGGGAACACUGUAUAAUGGAUGAGGAGGAGACAGUCCGUGUGGGGCAGGAGUGAGAGUAACAAGUGGGAAUGAUUCCAGCCCGUGAGUCACAAGUGUAUGAGCAGCCCCAGAGCAGACAAGUAUAAUAUCUGCCUCUUCUCAGCGCGGGACUCAUUUGGCCCCUGAAGGCAGCAGUUGGUACAGGCCGGCGGCACAGCUCUAUUUUCCUCAGACAGCGGUGAGGGCGCAAUGGAUGUGGUCACGCUUGUGUCUGACAGUCAGCAGCAGCACGGAGUUAACGUGGCCGACGCAAUGGGAGACGCUGGCAGCGCAAACUCUUCCCUGUUUAACAGCAGCGACAGCGGCCAGGGAAACAAGACUGGAGACCCUUAUGUCCGCAAUGAGGCGCUGGCCAAGAUCGAGAUCGCCGUAUUAGCCGUGAUCUUCGUGGCGGCGGUGCUGGGCAACUGUAGCGUGCUGCUCGGGCUGUACAAGUCCAAGAAGAAAAUGUCCCGGAUGCACCUGUUCAUCAAACACCUGAGUGUGGCCGAUCUGGUGGUGGCGUUCUUCCAGGUGCUGCCUCAGCUGUGUUGGGACGUCACCUACAGGUUUUGGGGUCCGGAUAUCCUGUGCCGCGUUGUGAAGCACCUGCAGGUGUUCGGCAUGUUCGCCUCAGCCUAUAUGUUAGUGGUAAUGACUGCCGACCGCUACAUUGCCAUCUGCCACCCGCUGAAGACCCUACAGCAGCCCACCAAGCGGUCCUACGUGAUGAUCCUGGGCGCCUGGCUCGUCAGCUUCCUCCUCAGCACCCCGCAGUACUUCAUCUUCUCGCUCAGCCGAGUGAAGGAGGGCAGCGACGUGUAUGACUGCUGGGCCAACUUCAUCGAGCCGUGGGGGUCGAAGGCUUAUGUCACGUGGAUCACCGGCGGCAUCUUCGUGGUGCCCGUCAUCAUCCUCAUCACCUGCUACGGCUUCAUCUGCUACAACAUCUGGAGGAACAUCCAGGGCAAGACCAAGCGGGAGGAGACGGAGGGGAGGACGAGCCGCGGGCUGUUGUCCACCUCAGUGAGCAGCGUCAAGACCAUCUCCCGCGCUAAAAUGAGGACUGUGAAAAUGACUUCAGUCAUAGUGACUGCCUAUAUCCUCUGCUGGGCGCCUUUCUUCACCGUGCAGAUGUGGUCUGUGUGGGACCAGAACAUCGAAUGGACCGAUUCAGAGGACUUUAUGAUCACCAUGACGGCACUCUUGGGCUCUCUGAACAGUUGCUGCAACCCUUGGAUAUACAUGUUCUUCAGCGGGCAUCUCCUGCAAGAUUUCAUACACAGCUUUCCCUGCUUUCAAAAAAUCAAGCAAACUCUCACCAAGGAGGAUUCCGACAGCAGCACCCGCAGGCAAACCUCAUUCACGAGGAUCCAGACGAGAAGUCCAACCAACAGCACAGAUACCCUGAAGGAGUCCCCCAGAUCCAGCAAGUCUAUCAAAUUCUUGCCCAUCCAAACCUGAACUUGUUAUACAUAACAAAUAAUACAAAGCAAGACAGCUAUAUACUGUCAAAACAAGGAUAGAUGACCCAUGGCUAUUCAUAUCCUUCUGUACUACAAUUCCCAGCAUUCUCCAGCAGAAAAUAAAAUCCUGCGGCCUGUAGUUUCGAAGCAGAUGGAGGGCCGAGAUGCAGAAUCUUACAUCUAAAACGUUGUAUUGUGCACAGACUUUACCAACUAGUAAAUGUGUAAAUGAGUAAUGUGUGGCUUAUAUCAGGGAUGUUCACCCCACGGUCCUAAUUCUAUUUUUUUUUAACAGCAGUUUGAAGCCCACAAUUUGGGCAGCCCCAUUUUCUGAACGUAAAAAUUCUAUUUAUACUGAAUAUUUCAAAUAUUUUGUACAAAGUUCAUACAGUUUCUAUCACUGGUUGGUUUACCAAUGAAUAUAGUGGGAGUAUAACCUCAAGUACUUACAUUAUUAUUGUUCUACAAUUUCCAAUAUGUCCAGCCCUCCAGCUCAGCGGGCAGGAAGAUGCUUGGAGCUGAUGCUUUGCUCGGCUUAUCUAUAUUUCCCAUGAGGCAAGAAUGCUAAAACUGUAUGUUAUGUUAUUUUGCGUUUCCUUGUAUUCUAGCUAUAAUAUAUCAGUGAACCAGAAUGAGACUUCUAUUAUAUCUUUCGCCAGAGAUAGAGACAAAUGUGUGCCUAUAUCACAAACAGGCAGGAGAUGUUUAUCCUGCUCCCCUACUAUGGAGGUAGACAUGAAAAAAAUAAUAUAAUGAAAAUGAAGAUUGUGGGAUUUCUUAGCAGUAGUUGUGCUUUAUCGUGUAUUUUGGGUGCCACUGCUUCUCCCCUUCAUUGUAUAAUGUAUUUAUGUUCAUAGAAACUAGUGUACCAUUAUUUAUACGUUAAUACUGUGUGAAUGUAUCUAUAUAUUCUUUACUGUACAAGCGGCUAAUGGUACAUGGGACAGUUUUUCCAUAGUGCAGUUUAGCCGGAAGAGAAAUGCUUGAAACCACCCUAAAUUAUUGGGAGGCAGUAUAGGCAGUUUUUAAGUGCUCACCCCCUUGCUAAAAUUCAGGACAAUAGCAUGUGCUAUUAGCCCAUGGACAAAAUACCAGUUCAGGCAGCUGAAUCUUUCAGCAGAGGUGUCAGGAAGCUGCUAUCUGGUUACCUUCCAAUUGUUCUGUUGAUAGGCUACUGAUGGGCUGC